GCAGCCAUCCACCCACCGAGUCUCUCUCAGUCUCUCGCUCUCUUAAAAGAAGGUUACCGGACUCCAAAACUGACCGUUGAGCUUACGAAGCCCAGCGCAGUGGCUUCUUUUCCGUACCCCCGGUGGCGCGAUUCAUACCUCUGCGAUCUGGUCCCCCGCCGGCGAUUGAGAAGGAGCAGGACUCUGGUAGCCGAUCUGGGAGGUGUUCGCCAUGGCGUUAGCCGAAGUCAAGGCGGGGACGGAGGGGAAGGGGUGGGGGAUUUUCCGGCUGCCUUUCUUCGGCGGCGGGGGCGGAGGUGGAGGAGGUGAUGGAGGAUCGUCGUCCAACUCUUCGUCGACGUUCAUUUUGACGCAUAACCACCAUUACCGAUCGUCGGGGCAGGUGGAGGGAGGGGCCGCGGCGGCGCAGGCCGGAAGGCGCAGCUCCGGCGCCAGCUCGGUCUCGUCGGUUGCCAGGUCGCUGCUGCCCACCAGACGCCGCCUUCGGCUCGAUCCGCCCACCAAGCUCUACUUCCCUUAUGAACCUGGAAAACAGGUGCGAAGUGCAAUCAGGAUUAAGAACACCAGCAAGUCGCAUGUGGCAUUUAAGUUUCAAACAACUGUGUAUAGAACACAGAACUGUUUGUCCAUCCAAAAGUUCUUUUUGUUUCAGAAUUCUGUUGACUAUUGCUGUUAUAUACCUGUUCAACAGUUUGAUGAGCAGAAAGAUCAGGUUGCAGUAGAGCAAAUUCUGAGGGUUGUCUUCCUGGACCCAGAUCACCCCUGCCCUCAAAUGGAGAAGCUGAAGAGGCAACUGGCUGAGGCUGAGGCCGCACUGGAGGCACGCAAGAAGCCCCCUGAAGACACAAGUCCUCGGAUUGUUGGAGGACUGGUUAUCGAUGAAUGGAAAGAAAGAAGAGAACGAUAUCUUGCUCAGCAGCAGCAGGUGGAAGGGGUUGAUUCAGUUUGAAGUAUGAUUCCUUUUGUCAAUGUAGCUCUUGUAUCUUCUUUUGCUUGUGUUGUAUUGUAUGAUCUGUUUUGUUUAAGAGAAAGAACAUGUCAUUUGUCCCCCCAUAAUGUUCAAGAGUGUGAGGAGGGUGAAAUAAUGGAGUUCACACAUCAUGAUCUCUUUUGGAUUUGGAAAUAUUGUACUUGAAUGAGGAUAUCAUGCCAUUGUAUAUAAUGGUAUUAUUCAUCUUGUCAACAAAUAAAAGAUAAGUUGAAUGGCAA